AGUGGCGGCCAGAGGUGUCGCCGCCGCAGCUUCAGCACCAGCGGGCGGAGCGGCGGCCGCGCCAGGCAGCUCGGCGGCAUCGGUGCAGCGGCGGCGGCGGCGGCAGGAGCGGCGGCAUGGCCGAGCCGGCUGCUGAGACGGCGACGGCGCCCCCGGCUCCCCCCGGGCCGGAGGGCGAGGAGGGCCCGGUCCGCUUCGCCCGCAAAGGCGCCCUUCGCCAGAAGAACGUGCACGAGGUCAAGAACCACAAGUUCACCGCCCGCUUCUUCAAGCAGCCCACCUUCUGCAGCCACUGCACCGACUUCAUCUGGGGAUUUGGAAAGCAAGGCUUCCAGUGUCAGGUUUGUUGCUUCGUUGUCCACAAGAGGUGCCACGAGUUUGUUACCUUCUCCUGCCCAGGGGCCGACAAGGGUCCUGCCUCCGACGACCCUCGGAGCAAGCACAAGUUCAAAAUCCACACAUAUUCCAGCCCAACUUUCUGCGACCACUGCGGCUCCUUGUUGUAUGGACUUAUCCACCAGGGGAUGAAAUGCGACACUUGCAUGAUGAACGUGCACAAGCGCUGCGUGAUGAACGUGCCGAGCCUCUGCGGGACGGACCACACCGAGCGCCGGGGCCGGAUUCACAUCAAGGCGGACAUCGAGAACGAGGUCUUGACGGUGAUUGUACGAGAUGCUAAAAAUCUUGUUCCGAUGGAUCCCAACGGCUUGUCAGACCCAUAUGUGAAACUCAAGCUCAUACCUGACCCAAAAAGCGAGAGCAAACAGAAGACUAAAACCAUCAAAUGUUCCUUGAACCCUGAAUGGAAUGAGACCUUCAAAUUCCAGUUGAAAGAGUCCGACAAGGGCAGGCGACUAUCGGUGGAGAUCUGGGACUGGGAUCUGACCAGCAGAAAUGACUUUAUGGGAUCUCUCUCCUUUGGCAUUUCAGAGCUGCAGAAAGCCGGAGUGGAUGGCUGGUUUAAACUCCUGAGCCAGGAAGAGGGAGAAUACUUCAACGUUCCUGUCCCCGCAGAAGGCGAAGAAGGCAAUGAGGAGUUCAGACAGAAGUUUGAGAGAGCCAGAAUGGGUCCAGGUUCAAGAGCUAUGGAAGAAAGGCUGCCCAACACCAUCUCCAAAUUUGACAACAACGGGAACCGUGAUCGCAUGAAACUGUCUGACUUCAACUUCCUGAUGGUGCUGGGGAAAGGCAGCUUCGGAAAGGUGAUGCUUUCGGAAAGGAAAGGAACGGAUGAACUUUAUGCCAUAAAGAUUCUGAAGAAGGACGUGGUCAUCCAAGAUGACGAUGUGGAGUGCACCAUGGUGGAGAAGCGAGUGCUGGCCCUGGCUGGAAAGCCCCCCUUCCUCACACAGCUUCAUUCUUGCUUCCAAACCAUGGACCGCUUGUAUUUUGUGAUGGAGUACGUCAACGGUGGUGACCUCAUGUAUCAGAUCCAACAGGUUGGGCGAUUCAAGGAGCCCCACGCUGUGUUCUAUGCAGCCGAGAUCGCCGUGGGCCUUUUCUUCCUGCACUGCAAAGGAAUCAUUUACCGAGACCUAAAACUUGACAAUGUGAUGCUGGACUCCGAGGGCCACAUCAAAAUUGCUGACUUUGGCAUGUGUAAAGAGAAUAUCUGGGAUGGAAUUACCACCAAGACUUUCUGUGGAACGCCCGACUACAUUGCUCCUGAGAUAAUUGCUUAUCAACCCUAUGGGAAAUCAGUGGACUGGUGGGCCUUCGGCGUCUUGCUCUAUGAGAUGUUGGCGGGGCAGGCACCUUUUGAAGGAGAAGAUGAAGAUGAGCUCUUCCAGUCAAUCAUGGAGCACAAUGUGGCCUACCCCAAAUCCAUGAGCAAAGAAGCGGUGGCCAUCUGCAAGGGGCUCAUGACCAAGCAUCCGGCGAAGCGGUUGGGCUGCGGCCCAGAAGGAGAACGGGAUAUCAGAGAGCAUGCCUUUUUCCGAUAUAUUGAUUGGGACAAACUCGAGCAGAAAGAAAUCCAGCCUCCUUUCAAACCCAAAGCUUGUGGACGCAAUGCUGAAAACUUCGACCGGUUUUUCACUCGCCAUCCACCUGUCUUAACGCCACCUGACCAGGAAGUCAUCAGGAACAUUGACCAAUCAGAAUUUGAAGGCUUUUCUUUUCUUAACUCUGUGUUUUUUAAGACAGAAGUCAAGAGCUAAGUAGACCAUCCUCCCCCUCCCCCCACCCCUUGCACACCCAUGACCAUUUCCAUUGGGUCUCGGCUGUUGUGUGGUGGCACCCUCUGUUGCAACCAUUAGCUGUCAUGCUUUGGAUACUUUUUUUUUCUUUUGUGGUGAUACUGGAAUGACCAUCCUUCAAAGACUUGAGCCGCAACUGAGUGUUGUUGCAUCAGUGGCACAGGCGGGAGAAAGAGCAACCGAGGUGUUAUGGCUGUGAGCCUAAAGAUCAGGUUAUCUUGGAGGUUUAACCACUCUGGGCAGGAGGCAAGAGUUGAAAAUCCCAUUUCCUUUAAAGUUAGCGAAACGCCUCUGGAUCUUGAGCACCAUUUGGUGGUGCUCUCCUUUUCUGUUCCCCACUCGGCUUCUUCCCAAGGAAGCAGUUAGCAAAAGGAGUGGACACGGUCUGGCUUUGCAAGAUGGAACUUGGCUUAGCUUCUUUGUCCCUUGCAGCAUCACAUGUUUAGAGAAUGCUGCCUCCUUGCCUUCUGGCGACGUUGAUGUGAAACCCAUCUGUACAGAGAGACAACUCUCUGUUAUUUCCAUGGCAUCUGCAAAAGUCACAAUGACUCAGAACUGGCUGCCAGAGGCCUUUGGGUACAGCCUGCGUUUAGUCCCCAAACCUCAGUGAAUCCAUGAAGCCAAUCAGUAGAUGUUCAUACUCCGGGAUGUUUAUUAUUCCUAUUCCCAGGAAUUCUAGGGAAUUGAGAUGAGGGACUAGGAUAGUCUCCAGACCCUUUGAAGGAAGUCAUGCCAGUUAGAUGGGGUGAGGGAGGCAGAAGGAGGCAGCUUCUGUCCCCAAGUGGGCCACGUUUGAAGUUGAUCACCCCCUCAUAGGAAUUCCACAACAUCCACCUUCAGUUGUGCCAUCACCAUUUCUUGUGUUCUCCUUAACUAUCCCAUUUAUUUGCAUUAGUAAAUUCACACAUAAGAGAAGUCCUGGAACUGGAUCUGGCCUUCCCAAGGCUAACUGAAAAUCAUAAGCAGGAUACAGAAGCAAACACUGUCUGGUCUCACCCAGCAGUGCUGACGACAUCGUUGCAGAUAGCAGGGAAGGUUUUCUGGGGGAAUCCCUGGAUGCUCCUAGCAUGAAGGAGAGUGGAUCCUAAGGGUCUCAGGUGGAAGAAAAGAGGAAGAAGGAAACUUCCUGGCUUGCCCAGUUCAGUGAAAAACGGGCACCCGGAAGCAUGGAAAACCGCUGCCAGUGUUGGACCCUGUGACCUGGCACAGUAGAAGACGGGAUUCAGUGUUUCUGGAGAGUGGAGAAGAGGGAACCCCGGGCUUUGUGGGGACACGGCCGCAGGGGAGGGAAAGGCAGUGCACCAGGAAGGUCCUCCAGAGCCGGUCAGUAUUGAGAGCCCUGAUUUGCUUUCAGUACUAGAAGAGAGGAGAAGGAGAAGGGUUCCCAUGGGGAGGGAGGGGGGAUUGACCCUUGGAAUCACUGAGCCUGGACACUCCUGCUGUUGAGUUGUGGAGCCACUUCUGUCUUUGUUUUUUAAGCCCAGGCUGCCCUGCCCUGAUAAGCAGGCACAUUUCAGCAAAAUGUCACCACUUACUGUCAGGAGACCCCAGCCUGGCCAUCAGAAUUCCCUCUGAACAUCUUGGAGUCAAUGGUCAACCUUGUAUCUACCAUCCCAUGUUACAGUUUUUACGUUUAAUUCAUAUCAACCCUGUGUGGCACCUUUGCAAGUGUUUUGGGGGAGGGGGCGAGGGUGGAUGCCGUUUGUCCAGCUGCCAAAUUAACAAAUUCCAUAUGUCCUACCGUGCUUUAUCUGUGUCAAAAAUUUAGUAUUUUACUAAAAUUAAGCUGAUAUUUAAAAUCCAAGAAGUUUGUGUGUAACUUUACUGAAGCUGUAAAAUAUUUUUGUUUUGGCUAAUAUUCUUCUGAGAAUAAGAGAUAUUUUCUGCUGGAAUUUGAAGUUGUCUGUGUUUUUGAGAAAGAGGAAGAGAAAGAAAGAAAGAAAGAUUCCUUUAAAGUUCAGAUUAUUAUUUCUCUUUUGUUCUUGCUUGUGGGGUAUGCAACUACCAGUUUGCUUUUGAGUUGUUUAUGUUAUGCCAACUUCCCCCUCCCCGAAAGUUAUAAAAUAAAAAGUAAAUAUUA